GACGUCCUGCAAGGAAGGAUAAAGCUGUUCAAACUGAUUCGAUUACAGUAUCGUCCCUGAUGGAUGAUCAUCGUGACUUUGCUGAUGAACCACACGUGUCUACGACUCACUUGGAGGUUAAGGCUGCCGAAAAGCCUGAGAAGCCACCCACUCCAGUUCCAACACCCAAACCAACAGUCGCGGACAAAGUUAGUGCCAGACCAGAAACACCAACUACAACACCAACUUCAAGCCCAGCAACACCAGCAACAGGAAGUCCUUCAGAGUCUCCUGCGCUGGACGGCGAUUCCUCCAAAGUCAACAUGCUUCACAAAGAGCUGGAAAAAUCCAAGAAGCAACUCAACUAUUACCGUACUCGUAACUGGGCUGAAAAGCACGAGGCUCACGCUGUUCCGAUUCCUGUUACUGCGACACGACGCCAAGAAGAACCAUUGGCUCCUGAGGGAGACGUCGGACUUAUUUUCGUUUACAACCCAACGUCUGGAUUCCAUACAAUGCUGUCAUCGGGCGACGUGGGACAGUCGAAGAACAAAGGUUCACUCAUAAGAGGAUCCACCAUUUACCACCACGAUAAGCCAAUGUCAGCACCAGCGGGACUUUCCAGGUCCGGUAUGCCCAUGUCAGUGAGCACCAG